AUGGAAACAAUCCUCUACGACACACUCUCCUUUUUUAAGGCAUUCAAGCGCUCUUUGGUUCCUCCGACAGUCACACAGACUUACGCUACAUACUACUGUCUCCCAAAACAGUUUUACGACGACUUGUAUUGCGUCGUCGAAAACGUCAUCAAAGACAAAACCGUCAAGGAAUCCCCACACUUUCAGAAAAAUAUUGCCUCUCUUCAAAAGUUACCAAACCCAAAUUUGAUCGAUUCUAUUGUAAAUGAGGAGCUCUGCAUCACAAAACGGAGCGUCCGCCCAGAGUUGGUGCCACUCGUCGACUUUGUGUUGAUCACUGACGAGUCCAACGAUUUUAUUAUGGCACUCUACAAAGUGUACAAAAACGUGUAUUUACCAUCACCACCAACCAUUGGGGUAUUUUUACAAAACGGCAAACCAUUUUUCGAGAGAGAGAUACCAACAUAUAACGUCAAAGUUGUCGGAGCCUCUCACUCCUCAGACGAUUAUUUGAUUAAGAUUUCUCCAUACAUUUGUGUAUCUGACAUCAUCAACUUCAUUACUUACAAGCUCCACGUCCAAGGACAGUUUGUGUCAAUUCAACUUUACGCCGCAGACAAAAAGCUUGCCUUGGAUUUAUCAACAAAACUAUUAGGCUUCAACACGUCUGAUUUGACACUCGUAUACUCACAUAAGAGAAGACCAAAAACAGAGCUUUUUGGUUCGUGCUCCUCAGUGAACAACCCACACAAACACCGAGUGAUCAGCCCAGUCCUUAGGGAAAUGUGGGCGUGUAAGUUGUCAGUGUAA